AUGUUUAUCCAUGCUUUAAUCAUUCACGUAUACGCAGACAGAUACACGUAAUCUCUAGAACUCUCCAACAAAACACAGCGAAAAAGAAAAACCCUCAUCCAUUCAACUCAAUGGCCGCCGCAGCACCGCCACCACUACCGACGGAACCUCCCACAACGAUGCCAGAAACCGCCCUUCCACGGCAUCCAGUGUUCACACGCAUCCGCUUAGCCACCCCCUCCGACGUUCCUUACAUCCACAAGCUAAUGCAUCAAAUGGCCGUUUUUGAACGCCUGACUCACCUCUUCACCGCGACGGAGUCUUCCUACUCCUCCACCCUCUUCUCUCCCGACAACAAGCCUUUCCACUCUUUCACCGUCUUAAUCCUUGAAGUCUCUCAAAACCCUUUCACUGAUACCCAAUUCGACAACGACCCUUUUUAUAAACCCUUAACCAAAGUCGUGAACUUGGAGCUCCCAAUCGAUGACCCAGAGAAAGAAAAUUUCAGAACUCAGCAUGGAAAUGAAGUUAUUGUUGCUGGGUUUGUGUUGUUUUUCCCUAAUUAUUCAACUUUUUUGGGGAAGCCUGGGUUCUAUGUGGAGGAUCUGUUUGUGAGGGAGAGUUAUAGGAGAAAAGGGUUUGGGAAAAUGUUGCUUACUGCUGUGGCGAAACAGGCUGUGAAGAUGGGGUAUGGAAGGGUGGAAUGGGUUGUGCUUGAUUGGAAUGUUAAUGCUAUUAAGUUUUAUGAGGAUCUGGGUGCUAAGAUCUUGCAGGAAUGGAGGCUUUGCAGACUCACUGGGGAGAAUCUGGAGGCUUAUGGAGCAACUGAUUAAAAUAAUGAGGGAGUUUUUGUUCAUGACAACCUAGAAACUUUUAUUAUCAAAUUUUCCUACAUUCAUCAAGUUGCACUUCAUGUGAAGGACUAAGAACACAUUCUCUAUUAGAGUUGUUUUGUCAUCUUUUCUCGUGAUGGCAAUGUUCCCAAUGUCUUCUACAAUAAGAUGAAUGCUAUCAUCAAAUAUCACACUUGUCUUCUUGCUUUUAUUCAAGUUGAUCGGUCAUUUCUUAUGUCUGAUCAUGUGAUUAUAGCAGUCUGUAUCAAGAUACCAAGAUACCAAUCCUCACACAUAGGAUUGCCUUCACAGUUUGCAGUCAUCAAUAGUAUUAUAUCAAAAUAAGAGCUCUAAUCUAGGGUCAUCAAUAAUA